AUGUACAUUCCACAGAAACGGUCGGUCGAUCACAAAAACACCAUCUUCAUUGUCGUCUUUGUGGUGAUUGUUUUCGUUCUCGCUCUAUGCACAGUUAGCUUUUUCCUGGCCCGACACCUCCGUCAACGGCAUUUUGAGCCGAAGUAUAUACCCGGAAAGUAUUUCAAACGCAAAUGGAAACAAUGGCACCCCGGAAGUGCCUCGUAUGGCCAAGUUCCGAACCAGGGAGCAGCCAAUGGAGACCAAGAUACAACAUACCAGGGUGCAGGAGCCACAAACCCAGAAAUGACGACUACCACGGGCGUGCGGCGUGAGACGUCGAUUCGAUCUAUCAUCACCCUACCCGCAUACUCGCCAAGUCCGAAGCCGACCGAGCAAGUUAUCGGACGAGAAGGCGAGCGCGAAGGCAUGGAUAUGGUCGUCGAAUUCCCCGAGACGUCAGAAGAGCAAGAGACUCGUCGCGAGGACCAAAUGGAGUCUUUGUACCAAAUUCGCCUACAGCGUCGGCAAGAACUGGCCGAUCGGGAGGCCCGACGCCAAGAGCGACGGUCAGCACGAGCUCGUGGCGACUCAGUCCGUCUCGAAGAACUGGCAGCUGAAUCUCGCGCUCGUACCAGUCAACGUAACCAGGCAAGCUCCAGCAAUACCUCGCUCAGUGCCGCUACCGCUAUCGCCGAACACCAAUCUCGGGAGCGGGAGCGGCGUAUCUCCAGUGUCAGCUACGCUUCAAUCGGUCACGUUCGCCAUGAUGGAUCCCGCCUACGAGCGGAUUCCCACGAAUCCGAUCAUCACCCUUUGCUAGAAAAUGCCGCCGUAAACGCAUCAUCGCCAUCGUUGACUGAUCGACAACCUACCAGCCUCCGCUCCCGCGUUGAAUCCAUGGCAUCAUCAAUUAUGACUACCGACACGGGCGGAACUGACAGCGAUCCACUUAUCCUGGGCCCAACAUCCACACGCGGGUCCAGUCGUCCAGUUUCAGAAGUGGAGGAAGACAUCGGAACCCUCAAUAUACAGCCACCCCCUGAAUAUGAGCAUCUCGACUGGGGCGAUGCACCCGCAUACGAGAGUCCAACCCGGGACCACACUGAGGAACCUCGUCAGCUAGCAUCGGUGCUGACUACUCUGCCAUCGAUCCAUGUCGACAUCGCCAGUCCUAUUCCUAUAUCUCCAGCAACUCCUACCGAACCUCGUCACCCAGAGUCAGAAGAUGACCACGAAACCACCCCUCGGGCUCCUCUACGUACCUCCGUUGUUUCAGAAGUUGAUACUGGAUCCACACCUGAACAUACCCCUGUCUCAUGA